AUGAAGGUUCUUCAAGUUCUGUAUGUGGCUGUCAGCCUCCUUGGCACAGUUCACGGCGCCCCAUCCCAGGAGCGUCGUGAUACCGGCGCCGUUGCCGGCACCUACCCGCCCGUCUGGAAGAGUAACGACGCCCCAGCCGAGGAUGCCAAGUAUCCUCCUGACUGGAAGCGCGACGAUUCCCAAUUCGAUGCUGCCAAAUACCCUCCUGAUUGGAAGCGCGACGAGUCGCAGGCCGAAUUUGCAACCUACCCUCCCGCCUGGAAGAGCGACAACGCCCAGGUCAAGGGUGCCACAUAUCCCCCUGAUUGGAAGCGCGACAAAUCUCAAGAGGGUGCCGCAGCGUACCCUCCGGCCUGGUAA